AUUCUUUCACAGAGCCCAAACCAUCUGCAUGAGACUGCGAUCAUCCCUGAGGGUCCAGCUGUGGUCAUGGGGGACUGGUCUUUGCUGUCCUCUCUGUUGGACCAGGUGCAGUCCCACUCCACGGUGGUGGGGAAGGUUUGGUUGGGCGUCCUCUUCCUCUUCAGGAUCUUCAUCUUGGCCGCCGGCGUGGACACCAUCUGGGGAGACGAACAGGCCAACAUGGACUGUAACACCAGGAGCCUGGGCUGCAAGAACGCCUGCUACGACGCAGCCUUCCCCGUAUCGCACACACGCUUCUGGGUCCUCCAGAUCCUCACCGUGUCCACGCCCACCCUCAUCUACCUGGGUCACGUCCUACUGGUGAUACGCAAAGAAAACAAGCUGAGGACGGCCGCAGAGCAGAAAAUGGGCAAGAACGGGCCGUUGAAAGCUCCCAGAUAUUCCACAGAGCAGGGCCGAGUGCAUCUGAAGGGCGCCCUGCUGCUCACCUACAUGAUGCAGCUGUGCUUCCGGGUCCUGCUGGAGCUGGGCUUCGUCGUGGGCCAGUACUACCUGUACGGGUUCAUAUUUAUGCCCGCCAAGAUUUCAUUUCCACACUACCCGUGUCCGUCACCGGUGGACUGCUUCAUAAGCCGACCCACAGAGAAGAGCGUCUUCAUCGUCUUCAUGCUGGCGAUGGCCGUCCUGUCUGCGCUGCUCAACGUGGUGGAAAUGUUCUACCUGAUGGUCUCCAAAAUGAAGGAGAAGAAGAGGAGACGCACAGGCUCCGUUCCUCUGCAGGAGUCGGACACAGUUUCUGUUUGUUAACCCACACAUGUCCAAGGCAUUUUAGUUCAGGUCCACAUUAGACCCUUUUCCACCAAAAGCCCAGGAACUUUAUUACCAGGAACUUAUUUAGGUCAAAGAAUUCCUGGUAACUGCGUUUCCACCGCACCCC